GCUCCGUUGUCCGGGCCGUGUCCAUGCCAGAGGAGAGAGGGACAUAGUCGACCGAGACGGGAGAGCCGCGCGCCGCGAGCGGACUCGCGUUUGCAGGACCGAUUAUCGCCCACAGCGGUCGCUCGGUCGCACGGUCGUCCGAUCGCUCGAUCGAACUCGUCUUCGGGGCGCCUUCGACUCGCCUUCGGAGCCCCAGGACCAAUACUCUGAAACCGAUUCACGAUGACACUAUGGGCAAAGGCGCAGCAGUUGCCACAGGAUGCGUUACAACAAGUGCGCUCUGUUUAUGGGGAGCACUUUCCUAUCGAAGUCCGGCACUUUUUGUCCUCUUGGAUUGAAGAAAAGAUGUGGACCGAUAUUGAACCAGACAAUCCACAAUAUGAACAAUACAUAGCAAAUUUAGUCGGAUCACUUAUUCAGGAAUUAGAAUCGAAGGCUGCCUCCUUGAACACGGAAGAUCUAUUUUUAACGAAAUUGAAGCUGAUGGAAGCUGCUAAGAUGUUUCGCCAAAGAUAUAGUCAAAAUCCAGGGACCUUAUUUCGAAUAAUUAGGCAUUGUCUUGGUACAGAAAUGAAAUUAGUAGCACAAGUGGAAAAUAUCAGUGGUACGCUUAUGAGUAUGGCUGGUGGUAGAGUUGGACUUAUGGUUGGAGAUGCAGUAGCAGAAAUCGCACAGCAGGUGGAAGCAUUACGACGAAGAACGCAAGAAACUGGUGAAGACCUUCGUAAAAUGGAACAAGAACAGGAGGCAUUCACUAUAACCUAUCACGAAUGCACCAAAUUAAAUGCACAUCUUCAACACCUUGCCACGCAACCACAAAGUCAACAAAGUUUAGAUUUGGAAAAAAAAAUUCGAAGGCAGAAAGAACUUCAAGAACAAUUACUAAAUCAAAAGGUGGCUAGUUUAAUGCAAUUACGUUUAACAUUGGCUGACAAAUUGAAAGACACUAUCACGAGGCUAAAUAAUUUACAAUCCAGAGUUCUUGAUGACGAACUUAUCAGAUGGAAGCGCGAUCAACAGUUGGCUGGCAAUGGUGCUCCGUUUAAUAGUAACUUAGAUUCUAUUCAAGAAUGGUGUGAAAGUCUGGCUGAAUUGAUUUGGCUAAAUCGGCAGCAAAUUAAAGAAGUUGAACGCUUAAAACUAAAACUUGCCCUCGAUCCACCUGGGGUGCAAGACAUUUUACCAACUUUGAAUUCUCAAAUAACACAGCUCCUUAGUUCGUUAGUUACUAGUACCUUCAUCAUCGAAAAACAACCACCCCAGGUAAUGAAGACCAAUACUCGCUUUACCAGCACCGUUCGUUUGUUGGUUGGCAGUAAAUUAAAUGUGUACAUGACACCGCCACAAGUUAACGUUAGCAUAAUCAGCGAGGCUCAAGCAAAUGGCCUUCUUAAAAGUGACAAAAUGGCAAAGAGCGGCGAAGCAAGUGGCGAGAUCCUUAACAAUACAGGAACGAUGGAGUAUCACCAAGCUACUCGGCAGUUAUCCGUUAGUUUCCGUAAUAUGCAACUGAAGAAAAUAAAACGAGCAGAAAAGAAGGGAACGGAGUCGGUAAUGGAUGAGAAGUUUUCACUUUUCUUCCAGUCACAGUUUAGCGUUGGUGGUGGUGAGCUGGUGUUCCAAGUUUGGACUUUGAGUUUACCGGUAGUGGUAAUUGUCCACGGGAAUCAAGAACCUCACGCUUGGGCCACUGUAACGUGGGACAAUGCUUUUGCUGAACCUGGUAGAGUGCCCUUCGCAGUGCCUGACAAAGUUCCUUGGGGUCAAGUAGCGGAGGCGUUAAACGUUAAAUUCAGAUCAGCAACGGGUCGAUCGUUAACGGAAGACAACCUACGCUUUCUUGCGGAAAAAGCCUUUCGCGGUGGAAAUACUGCAGGGCAAGACUACGCUGGGUUGCUGUUAAGUUGGGCACAAUUCUGCAAGGAGCCUUUGCCAGAAAGAAAUUUCACGUUUUGGGAAUGGUUUUAUGCUGUGAUGAAACUGACGAGAGAGCACUUGAGGGGUCCCUGGAUCGACGGUUAUAUUCUGGGCUUUAUUAGGAAAAAACAAGCCGAAGAGAUGCUUGCAAAUUGUGCAUCCGGAACCUUUUUAAUGCGAUUCUCAGAUUCUGAACUUGGUGGCGUGACUAUCGCGUGGGUUGGAGAACAAACGGAGGUCUUCAUGUUACAACCGUUCACGAGUAAGGAUUUUACAAUUCGAAGUCUGGCUGACCGAGUAUCCGAUUUGCAGCACUUAUUGUAUCUUUACCCUGACCUGUCGAAAGAUCAAGCUUUUUCCAAAUAUUAUACACCUUUCUCAGAAAGCCAACCGACGACGAACAAUGGGUACGUGAAACCUGUCCUGGUAACUCAUGUACCAGGGUGGGGUGGUCCAGGAGGCGGAGGCCAGACACCAUCGCACUCGUCAGUCGUUGGCGUCGGAGGUAGUCGUCAGGGUGGUCCUGGAGGAAGUUAUCCGGCUACUCCAUCAACAAUGUUUCAGGCACAUAGUCCUGACCCGUCCGUAACACGCGAUACUCCCUCCGUGGCUUCCAGCUACGCUCCGGGUCUUGGCCAGUCGGGGGUCGGCCGACCUAGCUCGGACUUGGACUACGUCGAGUUGAUGGCCCACGGCGAGCUACCGUCGAUCGACGAAAAUCUCAACCUGGACCAGCUCAAUGGCUUCGGGUUUUCGGAGUUCAUGCAGACGUACAACACCAAGCCGCAAUAGGUACGUCGAGGGGAGGCCGGAGGACCCGACGGUACCCCGACGGUUCUUCUAGAUUUACUUUCGAUCUCUGUCGAUUCAACGAGGGCGCGCUCCGAGGCGCCUCCACUCGCGCCCCCUGUGGCCGAGGAUGCGACUCGGAUGGACGAUGGACCCGAGGUAUGCCGAGGUAUAACCAGACACGACCAGUAGGACAAGGGCGAGGUGCCGCCAGGAUGUUCAACCGGGAGGCCGCGUUCUUAAGCUAGGAUAGGCAAUUGAUAAGUGCAAUAUGGUUCGGGCGACCUCGCGCUGCAGGAGAGGAACGCGCGCGCCCCCCUGCGGGCGAUCAGCUGAUUUUUCGCGUUCUCGUCGCCGUCGAGGGAGGUCUUGCCAAAGACUUCUAGCUUUUUUAUUACGACUCCUUGGACCUCGGGGCGUCCCUUUCGAGCGGCAGCUUGCGAGAUCACCCUUCGAGCCGUGGUUUCGCUUCGGGCACAAAGUCUUUUCCCGAGGACUGAUACUUAAAACUGCCAUCGUGUACGCGUCGUGUACGUAUGAUCGAUCAUCCGGUCGUCCGCCCUGCGUCGAAUCUAUCGCGUUGGCCAGGAUGUUAUCGCCGUUUCCGCUGCUGAAGGUGAUACGAAAGACACUUUUAAAAUUUAUCCAUAAAAAGUGAAAUUUCAUAAGUGCCAGGGUUAUCCGUAUGGCUUCCCUAUUUACAUAGUAAAAUGCCGGAUGCCACUUUCGCAUUCCCUUAAGGUUUGACGCUUCGUUUUCAAAUAUAGUUCUGGACGAACCAACGACGACGGGGACUUAAAAAUGUUAAUCUAUGAUUUAAAGCAGAAUUAUCGGGAUGAAAAUGUAGGAUGAAAUCCAUGAUUUAAAACGGUAUGUGACAUAGGUAUAACGGGAAGACAACUUUAUUUAAAAACGAAGCGUCAAAUCUUAAUUAGCAGAAAUCGCAAUAACUUUCUGGAGAACCUAAUUGUAUAACAUUGACGAUCCAAUCCGGACCGUAGCGACUCCUGUCGAUUUUUCCGAGGCCCCGAAUUGUCUGAGGGAAAACGACUAGCGAUGCGACGAGUCGAAUACUUUAUCAACUCGAGUCGAUACCUCGAUAAAAGAAGGAAGAAAUUUAAUUCACCCCGGUGAGUUAAAUUUGACACGAGUUGACGAGUAAUGGCCCGUUCCGCCAACGUCGAUUAAAUCAUUGAUCGUCUAGCCGCGUGUUAACGUAAACGAACGUCUCUUUGUAACCGAGGAUUAAUGUUUUAACCGAGGUUAAUGGAACCCGGCCUGAAGGAGUAAGGAACGACUCGGGUAAACGAACAAAGCGCCGUCGACGUCUCGAUACAAAUAGGUUUCUCCUUCGCACUCGUAACUCACGUUCACUUCGAUAAUUCGUGACACCCUAGAAAUGACUCGAGUUAGACGAUAUCGAAUCAUUCGACUCGUCCCAUUAACAAGAGACGGCGACUCGCGGCUGAUAAUGGCGAAACACGCGAAUAUCUUCUUCACGCUUCCCAUCGAGACGUAGACUCGUGAUUCUGGACGCAAGACCGCUACUUAAUUCAAGACGGAUGACGAGGGGGGGCAUUUAAUUUACGGUCUCGCUGAAAAAGUAUCUGUACGCAGUGUCUUCGUAUAUCUAUCAUGUAAACCCACUUUGUAAUCACGCACUUCGGGUACUCGCUUGAUAACGAUCUUCCAGUUUGGCGGGGAACUGGUCGCCAAAGGGCCGUCGAUGUCCUCAAUGUAGCUCUUUUUACCCCUAGGCUCUGUUACUCGACGCUUUACUUCGCCAAAUUCUACCAGUUAGGCUUCUCUCCGGAGCGCUGAUAUCGUGGGCGCCGCGACGCGCAGAUAAGACAUUCGGUCGAAUCAGGGCAAUCGGUUGGUUGGUUCAAUCCUAGGAUAUGGUUAUAUCGUAGAUAUUCGGUAGACGUGACAAAGCCAAUUCAUUGAUAUAACUUUAGCUUGCGUCAAUUAUCGCGGUAGGUCAGGCCAACUGGUUCAAGCAAUCCGGGACAUUUAAUCGAAUUAAUUCGGUCUAUUCGCCGGAAUGUGUUUCCGAAACUUUUGCGGAACCACUCAGCCGGUACGUUUUAGUCCGUCGAGGAUAACGAAAUCUGGCCAGACUAAACGAUUGCUGUAUUCGGUUCACCCAAGAGAUACUGUUUCUGGAAUUAAAAGGGAUGCAGCCGAACGGUCUCGUUUAACGAACGAAGUUUCCCUUUCUGCGUGAACUGCGAGGAGAUACACGGGCUCUCUGGAGAGACGUUAAAUCGACAAUAGAGAUCUACUCCCGGUCAAAGCGCGGAAUCGCUCGAAUCUAUCCCGGAAUCGCGGCUCUAUGCGUUUAGGAUGACUCGAAAUUGAGAAAUUUCAAUGCGAUUGGGGAGAGCGUUCGGUGCACUCCGGGGCUGAUCAACUUGCAAGACGGUCGCGCACUAUACGAGUACAAUACGACAACGAGGUGUUCCAAGAUCUAAAAUACGUGCCUUACAACAUUUACCUGGAGAAGAAUAAUAAAGAAGAAAGUGAAAAUUAGGAAGAGGAAAAAAAAAUAUUUAAAAAAAAAUAAAG